ACGAUCUGACCCUUACUGCUCAAAAGACCAAAGUAUCAAGUAUAGGUCUAAAUACAAGCAAUUGAUGGUGACCCUUGAAUAUGAAUGAAUUUUGAGAAAUAGAGAAACAAAUAAUGACUAACUUACAUAUAAAAGAACUGAACUAGCAUAAGAUUGCAACAUAAUAGGUCCUGAAAAUCAUUGGAUGAAAGUUCUUGGGUCCAUAUGAGUGAAAUAUUCUCGAGAGGGACGUUAAACAAUAUACAGUCAAUCAAUCAUAAGGCCAAAUUAAAACUUUAUUGUCCAUUUUCACAUUGUAUGUGUUUACACAAUUAGUGCAUGUAGGUGUAACUUCUAUCUUUCUAGGAUAAAAUGUUAUGCCUUGCUUAAUAUCAAUUAUUUACAACAUGCAAGGGAGACUCAUAAACAGCAAGCAGUUACAAUAAUAUUUAUACUGCUUUACAAGGAUAACCAGUCAAAAUGAGUGGAGGAAACUCGAUCUGAAAUUGCCGGUUCGAAAUAGGAAAACUGGUGUGUGUCAUCUAUAAAACUCAGUCUAUAUCUUCACCAGCAACCCUAUGCAACCCAACAAUAGUAGAAAAAACGAAGUGACACGGCUAGAUUUAAUUUAACACACGUGAAAAAUAUGCGAGUUGACGAAUCACCUACUUGCUUGAAAACAAAGGGAUAAGACUAUAUCAAACAAGCGUGUCACAUGGAAAACCAAGUAUUAUACAUUUCCUAAGGUCUGUCUCUGGCAAUUAAUGACAUAAAAUCGAAAGUGACACAGCUAAUUAAGCCAUGAUACGCUCAUUUACGUACAUUCCCAUUACUUACCAUUGAGUCCGCCAUAUUGGAUUUUGAUCAGUGGAAGAAUCCAUUCGACAGUGAGUGCCUGGCCUUCGUGCUUGCACAUCGGAAGGCCUCGGGAACCAGGCUAGAGGAUAGAGCUACUUUAAAUGACCCCACCCAAUUUUACCUUUUCUUGAUUAUCACCCCAUUUAAGACAGCAUGACCCUUUAUUUGAAGGAUUUUUAAUCCCUUUCACCCAGGAUGAGACAAAAAGUGAUCAGAAUAGUUCGGGUUAGCUUAAAAAGUUCAAACGAAUGAUUUUGAGAACAAGUUAUCUAACCAAAAUGGCGGCGCCCAUGAGUGCAGGUGAAUUUCCUCUGAAAACCAAACAGACAGCUGUUGAUUUGAAUGGUGAACCAACUGAAGUAGCAUGCAUCCAUUAUGAAGACUAUGACUUUAUUCUUGCAACUCAACUUAAUAAGAUGGGAACUAUGGUAGAAGUUACGAGAGAUGUAGUUCUCCAGGAAAUGUCUGCAGCCAGGCCCUCCUACACAACUCGUGUUCUGCUGGGAGUGGAUGAGCCUCUGACUCAUGUCAUUGCCAAGAACCUGCUGUCAAAGUUGGAUACCACCAAAAAGAUUCUGUUGUCCUUCUCACUAAAAGACAACUCACCAAAAGUCAUCCAAGGAUUAAGUGAAGUCAUUCAAACCGUGGUGGAAUGAUUUGCUUCUUUAAAAAUAAAUUAAUUAUGGGGACAUAGUCCAGUUUCCACAAAUCUGAUGUCUGAUGAAACAGCAAGAGAUAUGCUCCAGUUUAGUCGUUACCAUCGUUACCGGUCUUUUGUAUAACACGUCAUAGCUCUACAGGCAGGCCUGUCUUUUGCAGUGCAGUGAAAGAGGAACAAGUCUGCAGUGAUCACAACUGUUUGGAUUGUCUUUCUUGUUUUUUCUCUGUAUUGUAUGAAAGAAGGGAGCUGAAAACCUUUUUUCUGACUCCUUUAUCCUGCAACCAUGCCAAUCAAUAUACUCACUUCUUCCUAGAGACUUUUCUCAGGGUUUGUUGAUGAUACUGCAUGUGUAACAGUUUUUUGAAAGUGUCACUUUAAUAUCCCUUUUCGUAUCUAUGUGCUGAUUAGUCUGCACUAUCUAGUCCUUUACACCGCUGUGUAUUAUCAAGUCAAUAGAUGUAAACAUGCUUAGAAACACACUCUAUGUGCAUGCAAUUUUUGUAUAUUAUUAAAUGUCUUCGUAUCAACAUUUAUUCUCUGAUCAAAAUUACGCUGAACUGUGCUACUUUAAUAGAUAUUAAUCCAUUGGCCAUACAAAAUCACCGAUGUACAAAGAAGAUGGAAUAUUUUUUCCUAUGGUGUCAGUGGUCUUUUCAAAGAUAAUGUCAGUAAUUCUCAUUAAAUAAAUAUAUACUUGA